AUGGAAGAACCAUCAACUAACCCGAAUAACAUCGUUCAUGCCGAACCAGGUUCAAGCGAGGCAAAACGUAGGUCUAUAUCAGGACAUCCCGGACGGCCUGUACUUCCACCGCCCCCUCCAGCGGAAGCCCACUUUCAUCGAAAACGGCCGAGAAGUACGCAUCAUCCUACGCCAAACCCGAAAGCUCCACGAAAGGAAACUGAUUUAGUGGAUAGGAUUUGGCAUGAGAUUGAUGAGGAGCAACGCGAGAAGCUAGCAAGGAAGAAGGAGAAGAAAGAACAACCGGCACAUAGCCCACGAGAUUAUUUACCGUUAACGGCAUCGAAUUUGAGAAAUUUCAAAGAUGAAGACGAAUCAAUAAGAGAUUUUAUUCAUAGACAAGGAAUGGUCGAUCGACUAUUGGGCUAUAAAAUGUUGUUCGGACGAAUGGAAAAUUGUGUGACUCUGGGAUAUGAGAAGAUGGCCGACGACGAGAUCACAGAGCUUUCCGCGAAAUGGCGCAAAAUGUUUUUCCCUGGAGAAGAUCCCCCGGAACAAAAAUGCCCAAAAGUGGAACCAUCAUCUUUGCCUGAAGACGAAGAUUUCAAGCCGAUUAAAAAGGGUCCUCGAACGCCACCAGGAUCUCCAGGAGAUUCGAAACCCGCUAAUCAAAACGCUGUCAGUAGAUUUGAACUGAUUGAACAAUUGGCAAAGAACUUUGGAAUAAGUCCUCAAAAGGUGGAAAAGACAUUAGGGAGCGGGUUGGAUAAAGCUUUGGAGGAUUGCUCGAAGAAAAUUAAAAAUGAGUUAUUGGAGACAUUCAAGGAGCAAUUGCUCAGUCAGUACGACCGUAAACCGACAACUGAUGAUUUAUCGGAUCAAAUGGAGUUGGUGUCUGAGGAUUCGUUAUCCGUUGACUUGGCAAUGGUCAAAAAAGAGGAGCCAAAUACAGAUUUUUCACUUUAUCAAAUGGCAGUUCCUCCACCUCCGAUUCCACCUAAAAUUCAACCUGCUUACGCGUACUAUCCACCACACGUGCCUCCCUGCGCUCCCGCUGGUCCCUCAUUGUAUCCACAAUAUCCUCCGCCACCGGCGCCUCCUUCUCAUGCACAGUCAUAUCAGCAAUCGAUAAUGUCCUAUGUGAGUCCUAACAGGUUGAUUUUAUUCACAGACGCCUCUUCAGCCUCCUCCACCACAUCCGUUGAUACCAAAUGGACCUCCACCACAAAUGCAUUAUCCAAUGCAACAGGUUCAGAAUUUCCCGCCGCCUCCACAGGCACCUGCCAGCACUAUGAUGCUCCCGCCAGUGAAUAUCCCACCGCCUCCAAUCGGUGUUCGAAUAGAUACUCCUAUACCACAGCAAUUACAUCCUGGCAAGAAUUGAAGGAAACGAAUCGCGCUUAUCCCAAUACUUGUUUUUCAGCUGCUCCUCCAUUACCAACUGGAAUGCCUCCGCCUCCAAUUCCAACCCAAGUUCCGCCUCCUCCAUUGCCACCACAAAUGGCAGCGGCACCACCACCACCGCUCCCUCCGCCGGCUCCUCCCGCGGCUUAUUCUGGAGACUGCUGGCGUUCAGCUCCGACAGCGCCGUCUGUACCACCUCCACCAACCAAUUCGGUAGAAGCAUGGCAACAACAUGUACCUCCUGUCGCUCCUGCCGGUGUUUCUGUCAGUUCAGCACCAUCUGUAGUUAAUGUACAAAGUACUCUUUUCUCGGCCUUAGGCCUUCAUAAGUUUCCUCCUCCUCCGCCUCCUCCACCAGUCAAUGGUAAUAAUUCGGCAGCUAUUGCUCCUCCUCCUCUUCCUUUCGCUUCGCUUUCUGGACCACCACCACCGCCUCCACCUCCGGUUGCUGCUGGUCCAGCGUCGACUUGUCCUCUGACUUUCGUUCCGCCUCCUCCUCCUCCGAAUCAGCAAUCUAAUAACAUUAAUUUUUCUUCUCCUUCUUCAGGAUAUCGACGGAAUAGUUUCAAUACUGGUCAAGUCAUCUAUAAUAUUUUCAUUAUUCUCUCAAUCUGCAAUGCAUUUCCAGAAUCUUGUCAGCCUUAUCGUUUUUAUCUCAAAGUCACUUCAGAUUUUUACACAUUUUUUUCAUAA